AUGUCGCACUAUACGUACGCCCCUCUCGCAGACUCGCAAAUACGGUUCCUUCGUGUACGACGACAUCCCGCUACUCUACAGCUACUCUGUAACUUAGAGCCGGCUAUUGUCCCCUUCGGCGAAGGAUAUACAGCGCUUUCAUAUACAUGGGGCGACCUUGCGCCGACACAUAGCGUUCUCAUCGAAGGCAGGAUUCACAGCGUUCCCCAAAACCUCUUCGACUUCUUCCAGGCCUUUGUCGCCCAUCCUUGGGGCUCAUCUUCUAUUCAGAAUAUGUGGGUCGACCAAUUAUGCAUCAAUCAAUUCGAUCUUGCCGAGCGGAGCAAGCAAGUUGGCAUGAUGAACAAGAUUUUUCGAUCAGCGAGCAAAGUGCUCGUUUGGCUUGGGUGUGACAGUGCUAUGGUCGAAGCUGCGCGACGACUGCGAUAUGACGUGGGCGAUUCCAAUGAUGCUAUCGCGACAUUGCUGCGCCAUCCAUACUUCUCAAGGGUUUGGGUUGUCCAAGAAAUUGCGCUCGCACGUGCGAGAGUCGUUGUAUGUGGUGAUGUGGAGCUGGCAUGGAGUGACCUAUUGAAUGCCGUCGCGAGACACUUCGAUACCUUGAACCGCAUACCAGCAGUAAUCAAUGAGACCGAACACUACAGAACACUAGAGAUGUGUCUGUACAAAUACUGUUGGAACGACUGUCACGACCCUCGGGAUAAGCUGUAUGGUCUCCUCGGCUUGACUGCUGAAAGGUGGCGCAUCAACGUCAACUACGACAAGCCGCUACUGGAGGUAUAUCUGGACGCUGUCUGCGCGGUCUGCGAAGAGCUGUUCGACAUCUGGGACCCAAACUGCUUUUACGAUGGAUACAUUGAGUAUCCCGUCAAUCUGGAAAGUUAUCGCACAACGCUCCUUGCUUUGGGCGUAGCGAUGGGUCUGCCCAAGAGACAGCUCAUGGGCCUGCGCCCUUUCAUCGAAGCGAUCCAAACGAUAUACCACAGCACUCUCCUGCGGAAUGUUCGCUUUAUUUUCACUGGGCUUCUCUAUUCAAAAGAACGCGAGCAAGACUGUGCGUACGAAGCAACAGAUCCGAAAGUCAGAAUCACAGUCCGAUGGGAUUCGGUUGCCGCAACACGUCGCAACCCUUUUCUGCGCGACGUCAUUCCUCGGAUGGGGUUACAGGAAGCAUCAGGGUCGCUGCAGGGCAGCGAAGGUAGUGGAAGCAAUGAAGACGGGCCUGCCUGGGAUCGAUGGUGGUUUGAACACAACGGCAGAAUACGCUACUUUCCCUGCCUACAUACCGAUGAAUUCGCGCCGUCCACAUCGGCAUACUUGUGGGACGUCCCUUCCUGGGCUAUCGCGUAG